CAUCGCGCGACCCCGGCCACUCCGGCGGGCGAUCGCAGAGUGACGGAAGUCGUUAGACUGGACGAGCUUCUGGCAGUGGGAGCGUCUGGGAGGAGCAGCACUUGUCUGUUCUGUUCUGCGGCUCGUACGCAUCCGACUGCCGUCUCUCCUUCCCUCUCCACCAUGUCUAUACCCACCCCAGGCAGGGGCCGUUUCUCCGGGAUCCCGACGCCAGGAAAGAGCGCCAUUCCAACCCCAGGCAGGUCCCGUUCUGCAUCCACGACCCAGCAGCAACCGCACACACAAGACGACGACUACGUCUCCAGGGCCUUCGCCGACGCGAUCAAGGCCAACGAUCCUGCUCAGCACCGCUCUAGUCGCGCGAGCGAUGUUUCCAACGCGUCUCUGUCCGUCUCUUCCGCGUCUCAAUCCUCGCUCAGCGGUCGUCAGUCCGUAAACGGCAGAUCCUCCUCCGCAGCUUCUUCCUCCUCGGCUGUAAGCCCCGUGCCCCCUCGUACCCCGGCGUCGGGCUCCAGGAACUCUGUCGCGCGACCCGCCAGCCGCCAAUCCGAUGUAUUUGCACGCAGCUCCAGCCGCGCGGGCAGAGCGUUCGAGGUAGGCGACAAUGUCCGCAUCGAGUCCCUUGGGUUCGAGGGCACGCUAAGAUAUCUGGGAGAAAUUGAUGGUAAACCUGGUCACUGGGCUGGAGUUGAGCUCAGCGGAGGCUUCGCUGGUAAGGGCAAGAACAAUGGCGUCGUGAGCGGGAAACAAUACUUCGUCUGUCCUCCUUCUUGCGGAGUCUUUGUUGCGACGACCAAGCUGUCCUCUCCUACCGUAGGCUAUGGAACAGUAUCAAGGCCAUCGUCGGUAGCAUCCUCGCGCAGUGGGCGCGUCACUCCGUCUGUUGCGCAGUCCGGUAGGAUGACACCAUCCGCGUCCACCACCACAACCAACGGUCGCAAGACUCCCUCAAUCUCCCUCGGUAGCGGACGCGUUACUCCGUCUAUGAGCAAUGGACGUGUAACACCGUCCGCAUCAACAGGCCGCAGAACACCGGGCCUUCCUCUUCCCAAAGGUCGAGCGUCUAUGUCCCAGAGCCAUAUGGAUACGACAACGCCUGUGCGACCCGGUGCAAAGCCAUCUACAGGGAUGGUCACUCCAGGCUCUCGUGCUUCGAAAUAUGUCGGCAUGACUGCGAAGCAACUGGAGACGCGGCCCCCAGUCCCCGGAAGCCCCUCUGGGAAAUCGUUUGGUACCAACAGCCCAACGAGGAUAGGAGGGUUUACAUCUACACAUCUCUCAUCUCCCACGCAUGCCUCGUCAUCUCCUUUCAAUACCCCGAAAGCACCUGGAAGUGGUCGCGCUUCUGGAAUUGGGAUGGGUAUCCCAUCGACGUCUACGACGCCCUCGAAGUCUCGACCAUCCAUGAACACACCCCGUGCCCGUAUACCCAGUGCCAUCGCUAUGCCACCUCCAGCAUCUCCGUCGUCUUCUGUGCGUUCAGUGUCUCUCAGUGACGCUCAGAACGAAGGCGACCCGAGUUUAGUGACGGAUCUGCAGAAGAACCAGCGGAGCAUAGAGGACCGGAUGGCGGACAUCAUGGGCAACCGCAUGGUUUCUCCGUCACGGCCCACUUCGUCGACAUCUGCGCGCUCGAGCUCUGCUGGUGACUUCCAACUCCGUCUCGAUUCGAUGCAGGCCCGGCUGGACGCCCUGGAUUAUGAGAAUCAACAACUGCGCGCAAAUGCUGACUCUGCCCAGGACAAUUCCAAGCGUCUCGAGGUCCUCCUGGUCGAUCAAAAACAUACAGCGAGUAGAAUCGCCGAGUUGGAAUCGCUCGUUAGGACCACGGAGCGCACCGUCAGCGAGCGAGACUCGACGAUUGAAGCUCUGGAGCGCGCCGCACAGCAGAUGUCUCUGAAUAUCGACAAAGCGAAGAACGACGCCGAAGCGCGAGUACGGGACAUCCAGACGAAGCUCGACGAUCGGGAUGCAUUAGUCGCAAACCUGAAGGAGGCUCUCCAGACGAAGGAGGGCCUUCAGAGCGAGAACGAUGCCGUCUUGGGUGCCAAAGACGCAGAGAUCUCGCUGCUGGAGACUCGGGUGCAGAAAGCGUACGGUGAUCUCGAGGACGAACGCCGAGAACUUGGUCAUCAGGUUGAUGAGCUGCGCAAGGCUGGACAGGAAACCAUCGCCUUGUAUGAAGAGCGUCUGAGUGCCGCAGACACCCGACGUUACGAGCUCGAAGACCUGGUCGCCAAUCUUGAGGAACAGCUUCGGACACAGACUCAGCCUCUAUCACCACUUGCGGCGCAGCGUCAGGCUGCCUCCGCUGUGGAGAUCGACAACGAAAGCCUCCGCGAGCAGGUGCAGCAUCUCCUGAAGCGGAUAGGUAUGCUCGAGGACCAACUCGAGGAGGCACACACGACAUUCGAUCGAGAAGAGGCAGCAGUGCGCGAGAGAGUGAAACGGUACAAGGAAAGGGAGGAGAACAUGCGUAAGGAGCUGGCCGAAAGCAAGAAACAGGUGGAUCAGGUUGCCAAGUCAGAAGGAGCCGCCCGGCAACGGGUGGAAGAGAUGGAGGAGGCGUUGCGAGAGAACACAGUGGCCCUCGAGAAUGCCCGUGCCGAGAUUGAAGGCCUCAGAAAUGAGAUAGCGGAUUUGGAAGGUCUCACAGCCAGUAACUCUUCGGACAAGGUGGCUGAGAUUGCACAGCGAUCCAGUCAAGAACGCGCCCGUCUCAACGAGGAAAUUGCCUCGCUCAGGCAAAAACUCACGGACCUGCAAAGCCAACACCAGCAGCCUGAUGGGGACACGGGAGAGUUGUAUGAGCAGAACCGCGCUCUCAAAUCCACCAUUGAUCUCUUGCAAUCAGAAUGCGACAAGCGGGAAGCGGAGCUAGUCGCCCUGCGUCAGGCCCUUGCAGAUCUCGAGGUGUUGGUGGAAGAGCGUACCACCGAGCUGGAAAGUGUGCGCAAGAAGGUCAGUCGCGAUACCGCUGUGAAUGGCGGCGACUCCGGCAAAGUCACACCAUCGAAGCACGACCUCACCAACGCUCGGGAGGAGAUCACUGGCCUGAAGCAUAUCGUUCAAGAGCUUCAGAAGGAAAACUCUGCGGCUGCUCAGCGAAACAAGGUCCUAGAGUCAGAGAAUAAACUCUUAUUGACGGAAACAGAACAGCUUCGUCAGGAUCUCAAGGUGCUCGAGGAGAGUGUGGAGCAGAGUAUCAUGCGAGAAGAACAGGCUCUGGCGUCUGGGACUGACGCUUCGGUUUCAUCUGGCUCCACAGAAAGCGCAACACUACAGUGGAAAUACGAAGCCGAGAUGGAACAGCUGCGUAAGAAGCAAGCGGAGGCUGAUAUGAAGAGCGCUCGGACAAUACAUGAUCUCAACAAGGAGAUAGGAGAGCUAGAGACCCUCGUGGAAUCCAAGAUCUAUCGCGAGGAUGAACUCGAACGAGAACUGGAGCGGCUCCGCGACAAAGUAGCGCGAUCGCAAAGGAAAGCGUCUAAAACUUCGACUGAACCAACUACGCCAAACGCUGCUAUCACCAGCGAUGGCAACUUACCGAAUACUAGCGUCAUCGAAAACUCCCAAGAUGUCUGUGAGAUCUGCGAGCGCCCAGGACACGAUAUUUUCUCUUGCGAUCUUCUCAAGGAUGGUAUGCCUUCUGCUGAUUCAGUACGAUCCAGUACUGCUGUCCUGGAGGAGUUAUACUGCGAGGACUGUGAAGGAAGGGGCCACACUGCUGCAAAUUGCCCACACUCAUUGGAUGUCUUCUGAACAUGGCAAGCCAUCCUUGUUUGUAUCCACUAUCAUUAGUUGAUAAUCUCGCUCAAACUGUUUUGAAUAUUGUAGCUGGUGUUAUCAAUAGCCUCUGGCCUGAUUUUUGUAAUGGCUCCAAUUCACACUCACUAUACCCCUUACUCUUUACCUGCAUGUAACUUGGCUAUCAAUGUCAGUCAUCCCUACUGUGAUCAUCAAGGAAUUAAAUGUUCAUGAAAUCAGAUCACUUUACACAACUGUAGCAAUAGGAUACACUACUAUAGAAGCAGCUGAUUUGGCAGUAUUUGCCUGCUGCCUACAGAUUGUUGUGCCAUAAAGGAACUACAGCUCACCUGAUUGGGUGAUGAUGUCACAAAGAUGCUUUUGCGACAGCAAGAUGCUUCCAUGGUUG